AUGAAAGAUAAAAAUGGAAAUACCCCAUUGAUUGUUACUUGUUCUUUUGGUCAUCUUGAAGUUGUUAAAUAUUUUAUAUCAAUUGGAGCAGAUAAAAAUGCUAAAAAUAAUUCAAAUGAAUAUUCCUUGCUCAUUUGUGCUUCAUUAAAUGGUCAUCUUGAAGUUGUUAAAUAUCUCAUAUCUAUCGGAGUUAAUAAAGAGGAGCAGAAUUCCCAACAAUAUACACCGCUUAUUUGUGCUUCAUCAAAUGGUCAUCUUGAUGUUGUUAAAUACCUCAUCGGUAUCGGAGCUAAUUUAGCUGCAAAAACAAAAACCGGAAGUUCUUCACUCCAUUUGGCAACAAAUAAUGGUCAUAUUGAAACAGUCAAAUAUUUAAUUUCAAUUGGAGCUGAUAAAGAACAAAAUGAUAACGAAAAUUGGACCCCAUUAUUUUUCGCUUCAUCAAACGGUCAUAUUGAUGUUGUCAAAUAUCUCAUCUCGAUUGGAGCUAAUAAAGAAGUUAAGUCCAAAAGAUUGAAUACCCCUCUCCUUGUGGCAUCUUAUAAUGGUCAUAUUGAAACAGUCCAAUAUCUAAUAUCGAUUGGAGCUGAUAAGGAAGAAAAGAAUUUGAUUGGAAAUACACCAAUUCAGUGUGCAUCAAGUAUUGAUAUCGAUAAAUAUUUUCCAUUCUUCGUACAAAAUAAUAUUGAAAAAAAUCUUGAAGUUAUAAAAUAUCUCAUUUCAAUUGGAGCUGAUAAAGAGGCAAAGAACAAUGAAGGCUGUACAGCCCUUAGCAUAGCUUCAAGUAAAGGUAUUCUUAAAAUUGUUAAAUAUCUUAUCUCUAUUAGAGCAGAAAAAGAAGUAACCGAUAAUAAAGGAAAUACUCCCCUCAUUUUAGCUUCAACUAAUAAUCAACUUGGAGUUGUUAAAUAUCUUAUUUCUGUUGGUGCAAACAAAGAGGCAAAAAAUAAUGAAGGAAAAAAUGCAUUAUCAAAUGCUAAUGGUGAUGUAAGAGAUUACUUAUUAACAAUUUAA